GUUGUUUUUGUUUUCGAGUUGGAGGGACGUGUGCGCGCUUCGUCGAACGGAAUUGGUUUUUUUUGUCUGAUUUUUUUUUUUGCCGAUUUGCAUAAACUAAACUAAUUUGUGCAAUGCAAUAAACAAAAAGCAAAGCAGUGCGCGCUCAAAUUGGAGGGGAAAACCCGAAGGAAACGAAAAGUGAAGCGAGUGGCAGAUAUUUUGUUCAUUAUCGCUGCUUUGAACGGUGGAUCCGCGCGCCCGUUUCGUAAACGGAAAAGAAAAGAAAUUCCCUUUUUUUUUAGUUUUGUGAUAAAGUACACACUGAAUUUGGUAAUUGCUUCGCAAUAAAUGGAAAACAAGCAAUUUUGAUUCUGUGCAUUCAGCAGCCGUUAAUAAGAAAUUUGCAUUUUCAUCUUGCGCAAAAGCACAUAGCGAAGGAAAAAAAGACAACGAAAAAACACGAAAGAAAAAUGCUGAUACAGCUGAGCCCAACAUUGGUUCGCUGUUGACUGAUUGACGACGACGACGACGAUUGCAGCACCAGUCGAAAACAAAAUACAGCAGGGCAACAACAACAACAACCAGAAGAAAAAACCCUGGGUCAAAAUUUUCUAUCAGCUUUCCAUCGACUGCACAGUAAUGACAACAAGCAACACGAUUGCAGCGGCCUGUUCUUAGGCGUGAUUGGGAAACUUCACUCACAACUGCACCAAAACUCUCCGGUGAGAAGAAACAUCAACUGAGACUCGCUCAAAAUUCAACGUUAAAUAGAAAACGUUUCAUUAUGGAGAAACCCAUGCAACAUGCCCCAGCGCCAGUGGGUAAGGUCAGUCAAAUAGCCAACAUAUUUCAACGUAAACCCAUUGAAAUACAACCGGUUGAACAAUUGAGUGCUGUGGCUGCGGCACAUGCUGCUGCUGCCGCUGCCGCCGCCGCUGCUGCCGCACAGGGUGCCCCAACGCCAGUUAGAACUGAAUCCCAUUCGGCACGUUUCAAUAAUGCUCGAGCUCUGUUCGAGAAACUGGGUGUGGAAUCCAAUUCGAAUGUAAGCUCAAGACUAUUGCGUAGUGGAUCACGUGAGGACAAUCUGUGCGAUAGUUCGGACCGUUCGUCAUCUCGGUCAUCGGAUCGUUCACAAUCGCCGCCAAAGCGUCGGACACCAUUUCCGUCGGGUGCCUCGCUCAUUCAGAAUAACAAUAAUAGUGGAGUCAUAGGCCAGAAUGGUGGUGCUGGUGGUGCUGGCGGUGCUGGUGGUGGAGUGGGGGAGCAGCAGGCACGAUUGUCCAAUAGCAAAUUUAUUGUUGAGCCACCAUCGACAGGUCAAACGGUUGUUGCCAGCAAGUUUAGCCAACACAAUUUGAUGCGGUUAAAAUCAGGCGAAGAGGUACCAUCUCAGCCGGGACAAGUACCCGGAGUUGGUUCAGUUAGUGCUCUAUUUGCCACAUCUGCGGUGGAUAAGCCCGAGAAGCCAGAACGCAAAUUUAAUUCACGGGAGCUAAUUGAGAAGCAAAAGAAGUGGACUUCACAUUUUACCAAAACCAAAAGCACUCGUACACCAAGCGAUCUAAAUCGUUGUGACAUCAUACGCACCGUCCCGGGCACAGGACUCAUAAUGGAUAAUAGCGAGAAAGUGGUAAUCGUGGCAGCUAAGCCCGCAAUGGUUGAGCCACCCAGUCCACCCACACGCACCGCACAAGCCGCAACCCCACAAUCGCAAUCGCAAACCCAAACACAGGUCGGUGGUGGGGUUGGUCCGACACCGCCAGAGAUAAAGCCACGUAGUGGUAAAAUUGGAAGUCCUGUCAAAUCUCCACCAUUGCCGCCAAUACCAGCGGCCAAGCCAAAGAACGUUAGUCCUAUCAAAUUUAAUCCAGAGCGUUUACGUAGCUCACCAACUAAAACUAACACGGAUGCCCAGCCGCCUCCUCCGCCAGCCAAAUCAGCUGCUGUUACAGCGGCCAUGCAACGAUCCCUACUGCAAGAGGAACUUCUCCGAAAUAGUAAUAAUAGUAACAAUUGCGCGGAUCAAAUUCAAGCACCCAUACCACCUGAGAAGCCACGCAAAAAGUCCAUUGAUCUCAUUGAGGAUACAGCGGCAGCGGCUGGUACACCGAUUGCUAGCACAAAUUGUUCCACACCAUCAUCAUGUGCAUCACCGACCAGCUCAAUGAGCACCCACAGCAGUGCCUACAAACGUGGCUCCCUGGAUGCGAAUGCUCCACUUGGCCAGGGACAGAAUUAUAAUUCUGUUGGCAAUGGUCUAAGUGGAAGUACCAAUUCAGCUGCCUCUGGGUCACCUGUGGCUAGUGCCUCAUCGGGACCGUCAUCGCCCGUCCAUACAGAGGAUGAGAAACAGGAGAAUGAGUCAACCGAGAAAUCCGAAAUCGAACAUUAUUCGUAUAACAAUUACAACAAUAGUGUGCCAAGGCGACGACGUAGCGAAAAUGAAGGUCGCAAAUCUGUGGAUGAUACCACUAGUAAUAACAACAAUCAGCAGCAGCAACAGCAACAACAACAACCACAUUCCAACAUCAACUCACCACAACGAGUGGCAAAUAAACGCAGCAGCAUCACCGUCAAUAUGCCAGCCGCUGGUCUUGGUCAGCGCCCGCCUAGCAUUAUAUCGACAGCUAGUCAAGAUGAUUGUUUCAAUCCAUCGGAAUCCAUGCCCGAGCUAAAAGCCAAACUUCAAUCAGGAGGAGGCGGAUGUGGAGGCGAAGGCGGAGGCGGCGAAGAGCAACCUCACAGCCUUAACUAUGUCGAUGUGGGCUAUCGCCUCAAUCCCGAUGGCAGUGAAUCACGUGAAGUCUAUGGCUCGGAGGCUGAACUCUAUGAUACGGCCAAGGUGAGCGAUAUGCAACGCAAAUUUCAUGGUGCAAAUGGAUUUGCCCAGGAAUCAAGUACGGUGUAUGCCAUCAUUAAACCAGAAGUACAAGAUGUUCUGCCCCCAACGGCUCCAGCUCGUGGCGUUGGCGGUGGCGUAGGCAUAGGUGGCCACAAUAUUCAAUCUCCGUCAUCUGGCAGUGUGGAGAAUUCACCCUUACAUCGAAGCUCAUAUAAUUCACCACCAGUGGGCGUUGUCUCACCCAUUCGAAGAAGGAAUAGCAAUCAAAGUGAACAGAAUAAUGGUGGGGGCAGUGCCAAAUCGACACCGCCCAUGUCGCCAGCUCGUUCGGCUCUGAUCAAGGGAAUUGCUCCAAUUGCCUCUAUUGAUGCCCACGAGGAGGACGAGGAGGAGGAGCAGCGUGAGACGAAUGAAUUCGCGCAGGAAGACGAAGAAGAUGAACAUUUAGCGGUUGAGUAUUUUGAGGCAUUGGACAACGAUGAUAAUGCUGAUGAAGAUGUGGCACCCGUUUUGCCCGAACGUCGUCCACCUGCCCAGGGUGGUGUUGGUGGCUUGGAUUGCCUGCAAGAUUUGGAAUAUGUCGAUACCAGCGCUGGUGAAGAUGAUGACGAUAUACUCAAUCGUCUGAAAUGCAGUAAUGAUGUCUUGAACGUUGAACUAAUUGAUGAUGUUGUCGAUGAGGUGAUCAAAGUGCAUGUCAAUCAUACAGUGAUGACUGCCACAGUCGCUGCAUCUGCUCCUGCACCCACUUCCGCUCAAUCUGAACCCGAGAGUCUACCCGAUGAUAUGACAGCUGCCGAGGCAGAGCGAUUGUUGAGCUCAAGCAUUUUGGAAAGCAAAAUCAGACAACAGUCGCUGCUAUCGGACGAACAGGCUAAAGAAGUUGAGCAAAUACUCAAUGCAGCUGCCCCCAGUGUGGGUGUGGCAGUAGCUGCAGUUGUUGCCACAGCAACAUCACCGACCAGCAUUAAGAAUCUCAUUGAGGAAUUGCCAGGAGGGCAAACGCAAUCAAUUGCCAACGGGGAACAGAAGCAACAGCAGCAGCAACAGCAACAGGAUAUACAAAUUGCAGCUGUUCCUGCUAUCAUUGAGGAGACGACACAGGAAAACGAGGAGGACGACAUCAACGAAGAAUCGGAGUUGAACCUGCAAGAGAAGCAACAGCAGCAACAUCAUCAAUUGGCGGAGAAUAUUGAUGACGAGGAGGACUCUGAUGACGUUGAGGCUUUGGAUAUUGUUGGCAUUGGUCGAGCUGCUUCAUCAUCGGCAUUAAAUGCCACCUAUGUGAGGGCACAAGAUAGCACCGAAACAGAGCCAACCACAACGACACCAUCGACCACACGCCAUGACGAUGAUGAGCCAGAGUGGCUGAGAGAUGUCCUUGAGGCACCCAAACGUAGUCUAGAGAAUCUAUUAAUCUCUUCUUCAUCUUCGGUUCGUGGUCAGGAACAGCAACAACAACAGCAGCAGCAGCAGCAACAACAACAACAUUCCGAUCUUAAUAGUACUUACAACGUGGGCGGUGAAUCGUUACACGAAUCAAUCGUAUCGGUUGAAUCCACCCAAUCGGAUGCCACACUCAAUCAGACCACAACCAUAGAUGAUAGCAUCAUCUCAAGCAAACACAAUUCCACUUACUCUCUGGCAGAUGCCGAACAGGCAACCAACUCCACAGUCCUAAGCACUGGCCUAACUGAACUCGAUGAUAGUCAAUAUUAUAUACCCGAAUAUCCACCCGUUCGUAGCAAGGAAGUGCUUGUCGAGGCUGGUGUUCACUAUUUCGAAGAUGGUAACUUUUGGAUGGAAGUGCCAGGUCUCUUAGACUUUGACGACGACGACUGCUCCUAUCCGCCCAUAACAGUGCGCAAGAAUCCCAAAGUACGCUUCAGUUCGGGACCCAUUCACGUGUAUUCGACAUUUUCGGUUAAUGAUUACGAUCGUCGCAAUGAAGAUGUUGAUCCUGUGGCCGCUUCAGCGGAAUAUGAGCUGGAGAAACGUGUGGAGAAAAUGCACGUCUUUCCAGUUGAAUUGAUGAAAGGUCCUGAAGGUUUGGGUCUAAGUAUAAUUGGAAUGGGCGUUGGCGCCGAUGCUGGCUUAGAGAAAUUGGGCAUAUUUGUUAAGACAAUUACCGAUAACGGAGCUGCGGCUCGAGACGGUCGCAUACAGGUCAACGAUCAAAUUAUUGAGGUUGACGGAAAAAGUCUGGUUGGUGUCACUCAAGCCUAUGCUGCUUCAGUUUUACGCAACACAUCUGGUCUAGUCAAAUUCCAAAUAGGACGCGAACGUGAUCCUGAAAACUCGGAGGUGGCUCAAUUGAUACGUUUGAGUUUGCAGGCCGAUCGUGAAAAGGAAGAGCGCCUAAAGAGGCAACAAGAGGAGUAUUUGCGUCGUACUCUCGACUAUUCGGAGGAUUCUACACAACCCGUGUCAGCCAAUUCGAGUGUGUGCGAGGGACCAUCGAGUCCCGUACAGGUUGAACAUCCAAUGGAGGUCGAGGCCACUCAUUCACAGGAGGUAGAGUCCUUAAAGCGACUACUACAGGAGAGCGAAAUGGCUUGCCUGGUGAAAGAAGAAAUUAUUUUAAGUCUAAAACGAAAGCUGGUCAAGCUUGAAACUACGGGCAAUGAGAAUGAAUUGCUUAGCGAACGACUGCGUCAAAGUGAACGAGAAUUGGGCAACAUCAAGAAGGAGGCAGCCAACUUGCAGAAUAUGUUGCAGCAAUCGCAAGCCCAGUACAUGGCAUUGGAUAAGAAAUAUAACAAGGCCAAGCGACUGGUACGCGAAUAUCAGCAGCGUGAACUGGAUAUGUGCCAUCGUGAGGAGUUCUAUCAGCAGCUAUUGCAGGAGAAGGAUACCGAAUAUAAUGCGCUGGUCAAAAAGUUAAAAGAUCGUGUUAUCAAUCUGGAGCAUGAGCUGCAGGAAACUCAACGUAAGGCUGGUUUUCCCGUUGGUCUGCCCUAUGAUAGUGCCACCUUAAAAUUGACACCACAAAUGAUGCGCAAAGCUCCACCAAAGCCAUUGUUUCACAAAUUGGAAACGGAAUUAUCCGAUACGGAAAUCUCGGAUCUAUCACCCGAUGGCGAUGGCGUCAAAACGGCUACUGUGGAGCGUAAGGUGCCCGUAAAAGAUGAAUUAGAUGCGGCUGUGCCGCAGCAUGAGCUCUUGGAUAAUUCUGUGAAUAAAACCAAAAUCGAAUUGGCCUCCCGUGGUGGUUUAGCCCAUCGGCAAUUGCCCUCAAAUGGCAACGGGACCAACAACAGCAAUACAAAUGGCCUCAUCAGCGAUCAGCAGCAGCAACUAUCGAAUGGGAAUCUCAUGAAACGCAGCAGAAGCAACAGCCGCAGCUCCGACUGCACUCUCGAUGACACCGAUGACGAUGAGGAUGAUGAGGAUGCUCAAGGCUCAUCCGUUGCCAUAGCUGUCACCUCGGGUGAGAUAUCAUCAUCCAUUGCAGCAGCAGCAGCAGCAGCGACAUCGGGAUCUAUUGCUGCUGUUUCCGGUUUAAGCCAUGAGGCAGCAGCCAUCAGUCUAUCGAAUGGCAAUUCUCAUCUAUUGGCCAAUGUUAAUAAUUUGCUGCAAAGCCAUCCCCCAGCCAUGGCCAGCCAAGUGGUCAUCUCAUCAAAUGGCCAUCUGGGCACUACUACACCAAUUCUACUCAAUUCCACCUCUUCGGCUUCGUCCAGCUCUUCGAAUCAGUCCACAGCACGUGAGGCUCAAAUCAAUCAACUUUAUGCCCAGGUUCACAAGGAUCCCAGCAAACAGCAGCAGCAGCAACAACAACAGCAACAUCAACAGCAACACCAACAACAGCAGCAGCAGCAACAGCACACUGUCUCUAGCAUGUUUAAGAAUUCUCUGGGCUCACCAGCGGAUAAUGGCGGACUCAAUGAUUUCCAUCGUGGCAGCAUGACCACCUUUGGUCCAGCGGCUUCCCACAAUAGCAGCAAUCGUGAUCUCAAUAGUUCAUAUGAUUCCAUAUUGGGAUCAAAUGAUAAGUUAUCGGAAAAUGAUCAAGCCGAGAACUGGAUGUAUCCCAGUCGAAGGCGUGUGGCAUCGAAUGGUAGCAAAUUACCGGGAGUUGGCUCAACAUUCACCGAUCAGCUGAAUCAGGCAUUAACUGAACGCGAGAGGCGCCUGGGUGAUGGGUCAUCUCGUCAUUCUAGCGAUGAUUAUACGGAGAUCAAUAAGAGUCAAAGUGCUGCUGCCAUCAAUUGUAAGACAUUGAUCAAUGAGAUACGCCAGGCGGUAAACGAAGCGCAGCCUAAAGUUAAACAAGUUGUACCCCAAUCCCUUUCACCGCCCGGCACAGUGCCCUGGCAGCAGCAACAUCUACAGCAGCAGCAACAGCAACAACAACAGCAGCAACAACAGUCACAAUCGGCCCAUGCCACUGGUCCACCAUCACCCACCAGCAUGUCAUCGGGUUGCUCCUCUCCGGGCUAUUCGCCCAGUCGUACAUUGGAUCUCUCCGGCUCGAGUUCAAGCUUUUCAGAUCGCAAAGCAGCCGCAGCUGGUUACAAUUACAAGGGAGGCCCGGUCCAUGAAUGGACCAAAGAGCAGGUCGGCCAUUGGCUAAUGGGCAUUGAGCUGGAGCGUUAUAUACCUGUCUUUAAGGAGCAUAAUGUUGAGGGUGGAGCUCUGUUAACAUUGGACUCGAAGGAUUUCAAAACGCUGGGCGUCGGCGGUGAUGAUAAGCAUCGACUGAAGAAGCGUCUAAAGGAUUUGAAGGCCAGCAUUGAGAAGGAGCGCAAGGAUAUGGAGAGAGAGCGACGGGAACGUGAGAAGGCCAUACGCAAGGCCGAAAAGAAGGCGGCCAAAAAGAAGUAGAAUUAGUAGAUGAAUUUUAGUUAUCUAAGCAGUAGCCAAAAACCAAAAUUAAUACGCAGUAUAUUGUAGUAACACACCCAACCCAUACACACACACACACACA